GGGAACUGUUGUAAAAUGGCGCCCUGUGAAAUAUGAGUGGUUAAUAAAAAGAAAAACUACAGUCAUCGAUCUUACGAAAAUAAAGAUAAAUAAACAACACAGCAGCCACAGGGGGAUAUCAGUAUACGUGUCCCUGUAAGAAGAGUGCCGUUUUUUGAGGACAGAGUAGGACGGGUGGGCGGCUCGAGUCUUUGAGGAAGAGAGGAAGACACUGUCAGCAGCAAUGAAUAACUCCCUGGAUGGUACAGGCUCCUAUGAGGAGCUUGUUAGGCAAAAAGCUCGGAGCAUCCCUCAGCAUCGCAUGAAGGAGUUCCUGGAGUCCUUGGCCAGCAAAGGCCCAGAUGCCCUGCAAGAGUUCACCCAGCAAGGCGGAGAUGCUACGACCACUACCACGACUAUGGUCUACCAACAAGAGCCCAACUGCAUCUACACAGACAGCACGGAGGUGGCAGGGUCAUUGUUGGAGCUGGCUUGUCCGGUUCAGGUUCAUGUCCAGCCGCAGCAGCAACAGAUACAGGAGUCUCAGCAGCAAUCUGUACAGCAGAAUACAGAGCAACAGAUUGUGCAGGUGCAGAUCCAGGGUCAGCAGCAAGGUCAGAUGCUUGGCCAGGUCCUUCAAAUGCCCUCUGGCUCCCAUCAACAGCUUCAAGGUGUGACAACGGCACAGCUGAUUCAGCCUGGGGAACUCACAGAGGAGCAGCACCAACAGCUGCAAGCCCAGUUGAUAGCAGCUGUUGCAGGAGGUCAUCAGAUACAAAUCCAGACAGUGGGAACUCUCUCUCCGACCCAGCAGCAGGACAAUGUUGAGAGGAGGGUACUGGGUACAACCGUUGCCACAUCACAGGGAGCAGGGGUCCUCCAGCCAGCCAAGAAGCGCAAGGUCGACAUGCCCAUCACUGUGUCCUAUGCCCUGCCUGGUCAGCAAGUAGCCACAGUGCUGGCUAUCCCUCAGGGACAGGGCCAGCAUCAGAGUUACGUGUCUCUGCGGCCAGACCUCCUCACUGUGGACAGCUCCCACCUUUACAGUGCUACAGGCACUAUCACCAGUCCCACAGGCGAGACCUGGACAAUCCCUGUUUAUUCUGCUCCUGCUGGAGCGGGAGGCUGUGAGCAGGUCACCCAUAUUGCCAUCCCCCAGGAAGCCUAUGGAACAGUGCAGGUUUCAGGGCCAAACACUACGACAAUGACAACAAUGCCAACACAAGUUACUGUUGAAAAUGACAAGCUGAAAAGUCAGACAAUUCAGGCCGUUUCCAGCAUUACAAGCUCGGGAGGAAUGGGAGGCCAGGAAGAAGUGGUGCACACUCUGUCUGCAAACACGCUGUUCCCUACCCAGCUGAUGAACGGAAACAUCCACAUCCCAGUGGCAGUACAGGGCUACUCCAACGCGACACAGUCCCUCAUCUGGGAUCCACAGCAGCAGGUGCUGCACACCCAGGGGCUGUCGGGGCACGAUGGACAGCAGCUUCAGGGUCACACAGUGGUAGCAGAGGUAGAUGGCCAGCACCAGGUGCAGGAGCUGCUGCUGCCCGCAACCCUGAAGCCAGAGGAGGGGCUGGAGGUGUGGCGGAUAUGGGCUCAGAGGAAAAACGUAGAGUUGGAAAAAUCAGACACAAACAAACUGGCUCCAAUUGGCCGACGCCAAGCACUGCGUUUCCAGGAGGACUUGGUGUCGAGUGCAGUAGCUGAACUCUGCAUGGGUCUCUCUUGCAUGACCACAGAGGCUCGGGGGCUGGAAGAAGAGACUUAUGAGGCUGAUGUUCUCUACUAUGUAUUUCUGUGCAUACAAAAAUAUCUGUUUGAUAACGGCCGUGUGGACGAUGUUUUCUCCGAUCAGUAUUACACACGCUUCGCUCACAGUCUGCACCAGAUCUUAGAGCCUUGGAGAUCAUCUAUCCACCCGCUAGGUUACAUUAUCCCCAGUCAUGUGACGGAGGAGAUGCUGUGGGAAUGUAAACAGCUGGGAGCUCAUUCUCCCUGGACAUUGCUCACGACUCUUAUGUUCUUUAACACCAAGUAUUUUCACCUAACGACGGUGGACCAGCAUCUAAAAGUGGCCUUUUCUAAGGUGCUGAGACACACCAGGAAAAUUCCCAACAACCCCAAAGACAAGAGCACCAGCAUCCGAUACCUAAAGUCAACAGAGAGGUUCAUAGGACAGAAAGUCACAGAUGACAUGUACUCGGAGCAGCUGGAGGACCCAGAGAACCCGCUGCGAUGCCCCAUCAAGCUCUAUGAUUUCUACCUCUUCAAAUGUCCGCAGAGUGCUAAAGGUCGCAACGACACCUUCUACCUGACUCCUGAGCCCGUGGUGGCUCCCAACAGCCCCAUCUGGUACUCCACUCAACCAAUCCCAAAAGAACAGCUGGAGCAGAUGCUCGCCCGCAUCACUGUCCUUCGGGAAAUCCAGGAAGCCAUUAACUUGUCUGAGAGCGUGCACUAGUUUGAGCCGGGACUUAUAAAUGGACUAAACUCUUUCCUUUCUCUUCACCCAGCCUUUGACUGCUCAUUAUUAGUAGUUUUGUACUCUCACACCCUCCUAUGGUCUUAAGGGGUGGCAUGUUUAUAGUCAUGUGUCAGUGUAUCAUACAUUCACGGACUGUACAUACAACAGCUGAUCAUUUGUUUUAUUGAGGCAACCUCUCAACCUUACCACAUUUAUUUUCUUUUUGUUUGGCCAAAGGAUGUAGUGUGCGAUCUUUUAAUUGGACCUAAACUCUAAUUUACAUUUUAUUUUAACUGUUGGUUCUUUUAACCAAUUGUAAUUCCCUGUUGUAUUUUAAUCUGUAGUAUAUGUCCUAUAUAUUUUCACUGGGGUUGGCCUACGCUAUGCUGCUCUCCAUUGAAACCCUGCUUUGUUGCUCUUCUUUCCCUCAUCUGCCUUUUUCACAGUUAGGUGUCCCAGUGAAUACCUCAGUGGUAUUACGGAGCGUCCACACAGCAGCGUGCGUUGACGCUUGAAGGUGGGCGUAUCUGAAGCUUGGGGAUUUUUUGCGAGCAACACGACCAACAACCAAUCACAUGAAUCUCCCGCCCCCGACAUACAAAGCAAUAGCAAUGUUAAAACGAAGUAAACUGGAUAUAAAAUCCCCAAACAGGCGAAAACCUACCAGUUUCACCCACUGUCUCUGCCU